AUGUCUUCGCCAAGCUCAGGAAAACGACGAAUGGAUACAGAUGUUAUCAAGCUGUAAGUUUCUUUUUGGAUGGGAAUUUUACAAAAAAAGGAAAACAGAAAAAGAAAAUAUCUUGAAAAUCCCAUCAAUUUUUUGCCCUGAAAACAUGUUGUUUUCCUUUUUUUUCUGCUCUACACAGAAAAAAAGGCAAAAUAUUUGUGCGCGCGUUUCGACUCAACUCGAUAGAUUAUUGCUGGGAUCUUCUAAAAAAUAGGAAAGAAAAUAGGGAAAGGAAGACAAGAGUUAGUUUAUUUUGAGUGGUGGAAAAAAGAAAAAGUAUUUAGAUGCUCGAAAAAAAUAAAUAAACAUUAGAAGCCUCGAGAUCUUAUGUAAAUUUGAUCGUUUUGUUUGCUUUUGUGUAUUCGACAAUCAGAAGACCACAAAAAACAAAUAUUGAAACGUCUAGCAAUUUUCAGACAAAUCUAUAUUCUUAACCAGAAAACUGUUUCCACUUCUACUAGAGAUUUUUUUGAAAAUAAAAUAUGCUUUCUAAUCGAUUCCGACUGCAGAAAUCAAUUUCUAAUACGAGUUAUGACCUGCCGAAAUUUCGAAAAUUUGGAAAAAAUCGGGAACUUACAGUAGUAAACAAGUUCAAAAUGAUUUUUUUUGAAAAUCUAAUACUGUAGCGUUGUUCAGAAGGGUCGAUUACAUAAGAAAAUCAUUUUUGAAGUGAUUUGUUGUGAAAUCCCGAUUUUUCGACAUUUUGUAACUUUUCCAGGACAUUACUCAUAUUAGGAGUUGAGUUCUGUCGAAAACAACUAGAAAAUAUAUACUUUGUCAAAGAUCUCUUUGGAAAUCUGAAACAGUUCUCUUGUAAAGCGCCCUAACUUUUUCCUGAUACAGUUUUCAUAUCUCAUCUGAUAUUAGCCUUUCAUACGUCGGUGCACCUCGCUCCAUCGAACAAACACGCUCCGCAUCGCACGCGACGCGCCAAAAAAAAGCGCACGAGUUCAAAUGCAAACGAAAACCGUUUCGAAAAAAGAAAAACAAAAACAAAAAGAUGGCCGAGUGUGUCGGAUCCUAGGACGCGAAAAAAAACUUUUCUCUUCCAUGGCGAGUGCGAUAGAGCGAGGUGCACCGAUUGGUAAAAGGCUAAUAUAUAGAAAUACAUAACUACAGUAAUCCUUAUAUCCAAAAAUGUAGCAAAAAACGAGAUGUACUUUAUACUUUUUCUUCGUCCUCGAAUUUUUUUCCUUCGUUUUUCUCUUUAUUUUAUUUUUCCUUCGUUUUUUUCCAACCAACCACAGCCAGUCUUUUUCUCCAUCCUAACAAAAAUUUUUAUUUUUCCUGCCAACUCUUCGUCUCUCACCACAUCUUUCACUGUCUACCCAACACUCCUCGUUUUCCCAUAAUCUCUCCACUUUUUCUUUGUUGGUCUUCGAUGAUUUGCGGGAAAUUGACAUAGAAAUAGGUCUAUGGGCAGAGAAUGAAAAUGGCGAGCGAAAAAAAAAGUCGACGGGGAAAAAGCGACGAAUUUUUGUAUUUAUAUGUAUGAUGUGUUUGGAUGGGAAAUUGAGAGAAAUAUAAAUAGAAAAUGUGUAUAUUUAUAUAUUGAAAGACUAUUAAAAUGUGGAAAAAAAUUGAAAAUUUUGAAUAUUUUUCCAGAAUCGCCAAUCAUCACGAAGUUUCGAUUCAAGGAAGUUUGAAUGAAUUUAUCGUCAAAUUUUAUGGACCAAAAGGAAGUUAGUGAUUUUCUGGAAUUGGGAAAGUUUUCAGCGUCUGAAAUCCGUGGGCUAAAUUAUGGACCUCCAAAAUUCUGAAAAAAAAAUUUCUUGAAAGAGUUGAGUAUCUCGAAAUAGAGAAUAUUCAAUGAUUAUCUGAAACAAAUAUUUUCUCAAAACAUUUCACAAAAACUGGAAUUUUUUGAAAUAAAAAUUAGGAAAAUUAAACAAUUUUCAAGCGUGAACUUAGGCUUUUUAAUUGCGUUCGGAAUAUUUUUUGCAUUUUCAUUUCCGAAAUUCAGGUGUUUUAAAAAGCAUUUUAAAGUUGAAAAGUAAAAAGUAGAGAGCUAGAUCCAAUUUUCGAAAUCCAUGUCUAAUCUCACAGCUGCUGGAAUUUUUGAGCCGAUUCUGGAAAAAUUUCCCAAUUUUGCAGCUGCCUACGAAAAUGGUGUUUGGCGUAUCCGCGUCGAUUUGCCCGAAAAAUACCCAUUCAAAUCACCAUCAAUCGGAUUCAUGAAUAAAAUCUACCACCCAAAUAUUGAUGAAUCAAGCGGAACUGUUUGUUUGGAUGUUAUUAACCAGGUAUUUAUUUUGAAUAUAUUUAUAAAAUUCAUAAUUGAUUUGUAUCAUAAAUGAAACCUGCUAUGAGAAAGAAGAAAAAUAUAAAGAAGAUAAAAAUCUUCUUUGUCUCUUCAUCUUUUCUCAAUAUUUAUAAUAUGUAUAUUUUGAGGGACCAACAAAAUUAGUGUUUGUUUCCAGGCUUGGACAGCUCUUUAUGAUCUUGCAAAUAUUUUCGAAUCUUUCCUUCCCCAACUUCUCACAUAUCCAAAUGCACAAGAUCCAUUGAAUGGAGAUGCUGCACAAUUGUAUAUUCACAAACCGGAAGAAUUCAAGAAAAAAUGCAAAGGUAAAUAAUAUAUGGUAUUUUUGUUCUUUAGAACUUCUUUUUCAAGGUCACAAAACCUGGGAAAAGUACUAAUUUUAUCUAAAAACAUGAGAGAAAGAGAAAAUUGUGAAAAACACAUGACUUUGUCGGUCAAAUGACUGGGUGUAAGCCAAUUUGAAUUAUAAACAUGAGUUUGUGGAAAUUGCAACAUUUUUGGGGAUUAGUGAAAGUCGUGGAAAGAAAGUAAAGAAAGAAGUCUUCUAAUUUCGUAUUUUUUUUUAAAUAAAAAUGAAAAUGUGAACUAUGACAUGGCAUUUUAGAAUUUCGAUGGAAAUCAGUGUUUUCUUGUCGAUUUGAAGUAAUUAAUUUUUCAAAAAAUCAUUAAUCAUUACAGAUUAUGUCGAUAGAUAUGCUUCUGAAGCUGCGUUGAAACGAGCAUUCCACGAUGCAUCACAAAAUGAUGAAAACGACGAUGACGAUGAUAGUGUUUCCUCGAUGUCCGAUUAUUGUGGAGAUGAUGACGACGAUGAUUUAUUAGAUCAUAUGGAAAUGUAG